UCCCUCCGGCCGCGGCCAAUCAGGGUGCGGGGCCGGCUCGCCUGGGGCCGCCCGCGCGCGGGGUGUGUGAGGACGCGCUCGCGGUCGGUGAGUGAGCAGAGGAGCAGUUGCUGUGGUACCUGCUGCUGCUGCCCCGGCGGACGCGGAGCAUCGGACGCUGGCGAGGUGGCGUGGGGCAGAAAGGUGAAACCAUGACGUCCGUCAGUGAGAAUAUUCUCUUUGGAAUGGGCAAUCCUCUUCUUGACAUCUCCGCUGUAGUGGACAAAGAUUUUCUUGAUAAGUAUUCUCUGAAGCCGAAUGACCAAAUUCUGGCUGAAGACAAGCACAAGGAACUGUUUGAUGAGCUUGUAAAGAAAUUCAAGGUGGAGUAUCAUGCUGGUGGCUCUACCCAGAAUUCAAUUAAAGUGGCUCAGUGGAUGAUUCAGCAGCCACACAAGGCAGCUACGUUUUUUGGAUGCAUUGGGGUAGAUAAGUUCGGGGAAAUCCUGAAGAGGAAAGCUGCCGAAGCCCACGUGGAUGCUCAUUACUACGAGCAGAGUGAGCAGCCAACAGGCACUUGUGCUGCGUGCAUCACUGGUGACAACAGGUCCCUUAUAGCUAACCUUGCUGCUGCCAAUUGUUAUAAAAAGGAAAAACAUCUUGAUUUGGAGAAAAACUGGAUGUUGGUAGAAAAAGCAAGAGUUUGUUAUAUAGCAGGCUUUUUUCUUACCGUAUCCCCAGAGUCAGUAUUGAAAGUGGCUCAACAUGCUUCUGAGAACAACAGGAUUUUCACUUUGAAUCUGUCUGCACCAUUUAUUAGCCAGUUCUACAAGGAACCAUUGAUGAAAGUUAUGCCAUAUGUUGACAUACUUUUUGGAAAUGAGUCGGAAGCUGCCACUUUUGCUAGAGAGCAAGGCUUUGAGACUAAAGACAUUAAAGAGAUAGCCAAAAAGACACAAGCCCUGCCGAAAGUGAACUCCAAGAGGCACCGAAUUGUGAUCUUCACCCAAGGGAGAGAGGACACCAUCAUGGCUACAGAAGGUGAAGUCACUGCUUUUGCUGUCUUGGAUCAAGACCAGAAAGAAAUUAUUGAUACCAACGGAGCUGGAGAUGCAUUUGUUGGAGGAUUUCUGUCUCAACUGGUUUCUGAUAAGCCUCUAACGGAAUGCAUCCGCGCAGGCCACUACGCAGCAAGCGUCAUUAUCAGGCGGACAGGCUGCACCUUUCCCGAGAAGCCGGAUUUCCAGUAAUGGAAGAGAGAGGGAAAAAAAGCAAAGCCCAAGCCCCCAGCAGGAGUAGGACACUGCCCUGAUUGCUUCCCCAGAAUUCCCACAUUAAUAAAGGAGAAAAUUAUCUGCCAUCGCUUCCCAGCAUAAUAAUGUUCAUUCUUAAUUUAGAGGAUGCAGGAAGGCUCACAGAACCUUUAGUCUGUCGGUAACCUACAAUAUGGUGUUAAUUUCCAUUAGCUUGUUAGAGCCUUCUAAAUGUCAGUUAGACAGGAAUAUAACAGUUCAA